CCCUUCGUUUUCUUCUCAUCUCUCGCACGCUUCUCCGUCGCCAAACCCUCGUCUCCUCACCGUCAUCGCCAUGGCCAGUCCCAGGCCUUGGUUUCGCCGUUGCAUGGAAUACCUCAGGUGCGACUACUUCGUCUCCGACUCCGAGAAGGACCCCCAUUCCCCCGGCACCAUCGUCAAGCGCCAACCCGGCGGAUGGAAAUGCAUGCCCUACAUCAUUGGGAAUGAGACGUUUGAGAGGGUGGCUUCCUUUGGGUUGACGGCGAACUUCACUGUUUACCUGGUGAAUGAGCUUCACAUGAAGCAGGUGUCAGCGACUAACCUCGCCAACAUCUUCUCCGGCACCACCAACUUCGCUCCGCUUCUCGGCGCUUUCAUCUCCGAUGCCUAUUGGGGCCGAUUUCGUACCUUGGCCUACUCCUCCGUCGCUACCUUCUUGGGAAUGGUAGUUUUGACACUAACUGCAGUAGUGCCAGACCUCCGGCCACCAGAAUGCACACAAGCAAGCGAGCAAGCUGGGCUAUGUACAGGGCCAUCAAAAUCUCAGCUUUCUGUUCUCUGGAUUUCACUGGUCCUAUUAGUCAUCGGAGCUGGUGGUGUUCGGCCGUGCAGCAUCACCUUCGGCGCCGACCAAUUUGAUCCAAACACAGAGAAAGGCAGGAUAGGCAUGAACAGUUUCUUCAAUUGGUACUACUGCACUUCAACUGCAGCAGUAAUGGUGGGACUGACAGUGGUUGUCUACAUUCAGGAUAGCAUUAGUUGGGCCAUAGGAUUUGGUGUGCCCACUGGUCUCAUGUUUUUGGCUAUCAUACUCUUCUUUCUCGGCACCAGGCUCUACAUCUACGUCCCACCGGAGGGUAGUAUCUUCACUGGAGUUGCACAAGUCUUAACAGCAGCAUUCAAGAAACGCUCACUCAAGCUCCCUGCACCUAAUAAUGCAGAGGAACAAGAGGGAUUGUUGUACAACCCCACAAUUAGGAGUCCUCGUGUUCUUAAGCUUCCUCUCACUCUCCAAUUCAGUGGAUUGAACAAAGCCGCCAUCAAAUGUGAGGGUGAAGUGAAAGAGGAUGGCAGCAUAGCUCAACCAUGGCGUCUGUGCACAGUGCAACAGGUGGAGGAAGUGAAAUGCCUGAUACGUAUCAUCCCUGUUUGGGCUUCCGGCAUUGUGUGCUUUGUUGCACUAGCUCAACAAUGGACCUUCGCAGUGCUCCAGUCACUACGCAUGGACCGGCACUUAGGCCCACACUUCCAGAUUCCACCAGGCUCUCUCGGCGCCAUCGCCCUGCUCGCUCUCACACUCUUCAUCCCAAUCUACGACCAAGUCCUAGUCCCUGUCGCCCGUCACUUCACCAAGCACGAGAGCGGCAUCACGAUGCUCCAGCGCCAAGGGGUUGGCAUGGUCAUCUCGGCCAUUUCCAUGGUGGUGGCCGGGUUAAUCGAGGUCAAGCGCCGCAACUCAGCGUUGGCGCACGGUGGCAUGUCACCAAUGUCCGUGUUGUGGCUGGUGCCACAGCUAGUGGUCAUGGGUGUUGCUGAGGCAUUCAACGCUGUUGGUCAGAUAGAGUUUUAUAACCGGCAGUUUCCAGAGCACAUGCAGACGCUGGCCACGUCCUUGUUCAACUGCUCACUAGCCGGGGCAAACUACAUGAGCACUGUGCUCGUUGUUAUUAUCAAGAACAACACGAGCUGGAUUCAAGAUGAUAUUAAUGCUGCCAGGGUUGAGAAUUUUUACUAUAUUAUUGCUAUCUUGGGUGUUGUCAACUUCGUUUACUUCCUUGUUGUCGCCCAUUUCUAUCGAUACAAAGGGAUGCCUGAGUACAAGAAGAAUGAUGGCGAGCUACAGAGUCUACCAUAAUGAGACUAUGAAUGAGAGAAGAGGGAGUGUGUCUUAUGAACUUUUGGGUCCGUGUGUUAGAGUUAAUUAUUGUAUGUUGUAAUAUUAUAUAUAUAUAUAUAUACUAAAAGAGGGAGACGAUGAGUUGUUGGGUGGAUGACAGUGAAACAGUGGGAAGGAUGGUCACUGUGUAAGAAUUGUAAGAGUGGGGUUUUGUCUGUUUUUAUUUUUAUUUUUAAUUUUUAUUUUUUUGUGGUGA